AUGAAAUUCGACAGCAAAAACAAACUCACGGUGGCCGUUUGUGCCCUUUUAUUUUCCGUUCCAGUCUUGGCUGACCAGGCUGCCGAGAUCCCUGCCGAUGCUGUUUGGAACGACAUUGCUCCUGAUUCUCGCUUUGAUAUUGCUGCAGAUGCUCCCGAGAUGAGAGUCAAUGAAGUUGAUCCUAAUGCUGCUGCUGAUACAGAUGACAAUAGUGAUUCUUCUGAUGAAGGCCAGUUCUUUAAGAAAAAGAAAAAGUUCACCAGUUUCCUUCCUUGGGUGACAUCUUUCACUACCUCCAAGACGAGAACUACUACUACAACGAGAACCAUCACCUUUACGGCCUCUCCUGCAACCACUACCACCCCUUGCACAACCACUUCUACCACCACUCCUUGUACUACUAGGUCUACUUCUACCACUCCUACUACCACUCCUUGCACUACUACUUCUACUUCUACCACUCCUACCAUCACUUCUACUUCUAUCACUCCUACUACCACUCCCUGCACGACCUUGACCACCUCUAUAAUCAUAACACCUUCUUCCACCAGUACUCCUUGCACGACCUCGACAACUUCAACUUCAACACCAUGCUCCACCUCCACUCCAGGUUCCGGUUCAGGCUACGGCUAUGGAUCUGGUUCAGGUUCAGGUUAUGGCAGUGGAGAAAAUGGUGGUGUUGGUGUUGGCAAGGGUCAAGGCUCUGGGUUCGGAAAGGGUAUUGGCAACGGACCCAAUGGCUCUGGAAUUGGCCAAGGAUCGGGUCAGGGUGUUGGUGAGGGUUAUGGAAAUGGACCUGGCGGUAAGGGUUACGGUGAAGGCCAUGGUCAAGGGUAUGGUGAAGGCAAGGGCUCUGGUAAGGCUUAA